AUGGCGUCUGAUAAUUCAACUCUAGCCGGUUCGACAUCGUCGCCCAAGGCCUCGAUGGACCGCAAGGCCAGUGUCGGCCGCAAGCAACCCUCCACCACGUUUGAGGAUGCCCCCACCCCCCACUACACUGGUGCCACACCACGCACCAUGAACAACCCCCUUUCCCACACCCUCUCCACCGCCUCCCGCCGCUCUCGCCACGUCGAGCCCGACCUGUCCUUCCCUUACCUCACCCAGGUGACCACUGCCGGUGCCACCAACGAGUACCGCGCCGAGACGGCUGCGGGCUACAUUCGCGCCGACGACCCCGAUUUCGGUCUCCACCCCGUCCUCUCGCAGUACAUCUCCCGCGAGCCGACCCGCCAAAUGACCCUUAUUCGCGAAAAGACCAAGAUCGAUGACAUGAAGCUCGUUACUUGGAAGGAGCAUGACCCCGAGAACCCUUGGAACUGGGGUGUCGCUCGCCGAUGGGUCUACACUGCCAUUGUUGCUUGUGCCGUUAUGCAGGUCGCCCUUUCGUCUGCCAUUGUUACUGGUGACUUCAAGGACCAGAUGGCCCACUUCAACGUCUCGGAAGAGGUCAUUGCCCUCACCGUCUCCCUCCCCGUCUGUGGUUUCGGUCUGGGUCCUCUUCUGUGGUCGCCUGCCUCGGAGCUGUUGGGCCGUAAGCCCCUCUGGAUCGUCCCCUCGUUCAUCUACAUCAUUUUCAACAUUCCCUGCGCCCUCGCCCCCAACAUUGGCUGUCUCCUCGCCUCGCGUUUCCUGUGCGGUUUCUUCGGAUCCGCACCGCUCACGCUUGCCGGUGGUACCAUUGCAGACAUUUGGAGUCCCGAGGAGCGUGGAUUCGCCAUUGCCAUCUUUGCCGCUGCUCCCUAUGCGGGUCCCGUCCUUGGUCCCCUCAUCGGUGGCUUUAUCGGCAAGUACGCCGGGUGGCAGUGGCUCUACUGGGUCAACAUGAUCUCGGCCUUUGUCGUCUGGUGCUUCUGCUUCCUCCUCCCUGAGACGUUCGCCCCCGUCCUGCUCAAGAAGCGUGCCCAGAAGAUGCGCAAGGAGACCGAGGACCCCACCUUUGUUACCGAGCAGGAAGUCCUCCGCAGGCCUCUCGGCGACAUUGUCGUCGAGACCCUCAUCCGUCCCUUCCAGAUGCUUGUCGAGGAGCCCAUUCUUCUCCUCAUGUCGCUCUACGUCUGCCUCGUCUACGGUCUGCUUUACGCCUACUUCUUCGCCUACCCUUACGUCUUUGGCGAGCUUUACGGCUGGGACGACGCCAAGACUGGCCUCACCUUCAUCCCCGUCCUUAUUGGUGUCGCCCUCGCCCUGAUCGUCACCCCUAUCCUUGAGAAGCGCUACGCCGCCAUCGAGAACCCGACUCCCGAGGACCGUCUUCCCGGUAUGCUCAUCGGUGGCCCCUGGGUCCCCGUCUCGCUGUUCAUUUUUGGCUGGACCGCUCCCCCAUAUGUCGCCCCCGGUGGUGGCUCGUGGGUCGGCCCCUGCAUCUCCGGCGUCCCCUUUGGCUUUGGCAUGGUGCUCGUGUACUUUAGCUGCAACGCCUACCUCAUCGAAUCGUUCCCGGCCUACGUUGCGUCGGCGCUCGCUGCCAAGACCGUGGUGAGGUCCGCCGCCGGUGCCGCGAUGCCCCUCUUCAUCUCCAUCAUGUUCCGCGCCCUCAAGGCCGGUCCUGCGUCCUCCAUUCUCGGCGGCGUCGCCUGCGUCAUGGCGCUCAUCCCCUGGGCCUUCCGCAAGUGGGGUGCUGUCAUUCGCUCGCGCUCAAAGCGUGCGGCCACCCACUAA